AUGGAGCCCUUACCGCUGCCCACGACCUCUUCACGUCGUCGUGACCGCGUCACUUAUAUCCACGACGAGGAUGUUGGCAACUACUCUUACGGCUACGGACAUCCAAUGAAGCCUCAUCGGAUGAGGAUGACCCAUAACCUGGUCUCCAACUAUGGAUUGCACAGGUAUAUGCACCUCGUUAGACCCAGAAGAGCUACGAGGGAACAGAUGACUGCUUUUCAUACGGAUGAAUAUGUAGAUUUCUUGCAGAGAGUCACUCCUGAAACGGUGGCCGAGCUGACUGGGGAUGGGACCAGAUGUGAGUGCAUGCCGCUGACAGUGGGCGCAUGGCGCUCGCCUUGUGGCAGCUGGCCGCACGCGAAGCAGAAAUCGAGUCCGAGUCAUUUGCACUCCACCAAUUUCGAGAGCUGCCUUCAGGUCUUGUGCGCGACUAGGCACCCAGGGCUGACCGUCCCAAAUUACCUUCGAAUGUAACAGUCUUGAUAGGCGAAGACUGCCCAGCCUUUGGAGGUCUAUUUGAAUUUUGCAGCAUAUCUGCCGGCGGCUCACUGUCUGCAGCACACGCCAUCAACGAUGGCACAGCAGACGUAGCCAUCAAUUGGGCCGGAGGACUGCAUCACGCCAAGAAGAGAGAGGCUAGCGGGUUCUGCUACGUGAAUGAUAUCGUGCUGGCCAUACUCGAGCUGCUGAGGUGAGCUCGCACGAAAAUUGGGUUUGAGACGGCUCUGACGAAUGCGACACACUCCCUGAACCGCGCAUAGAACGCACCUGCGAGUGCUGUACAUCGACAUCGACAUCCACCACGGUGAUGGCGUUGAGGAAGCAUUCUACACCACAGACAGAGUCAUGACUGUCAGUUUUCAUAAGUUUGGAGAUUUCUUUCCAGGAACUGGGGAUGUGAGGGACAUUGGCAUCAAGAAAGGCAAAGGGUACGCUGUGAACGUGCCCCUCAAGGAUGGAGUGGGAGACGUGGAGUUUGGCGGCAUUUUCAGACCUGUGAGUACGCAUUUGGGCAUGCUGGGUCCUGCUGAAUCGGGCUGUAUCGCAGCUGACCGACUGUAUGCCGCUCCUUGAUCGCGCAGGUGCUGCAACACAUCAUGGACUGGUACCGACCUGGAGCUGUGGUGCUCCAAUGCGGUGCUGACAGUCUCGCAGGAGAUAAGCUGGGCUGUUUCAACUUGAGCAUGCGAGGUGAGUGUUGGUGACAUGCCGAAUCGCAGGUCUAGUCGUGCUGACUCGUCUUUGACCUUUGGAAGGACACGCGGAGUGUGUGCGUUUCAUGCAGUCAUUUGGAGUGCCUCUGAUCUGUCUGGGUGGCGGAGGUUACACGGUGCGGAAUGUUGCGCGGACGUGGACGUACGAAACAGGCUUGAUGCUGGGAAAAGAGCUGCCCGAGGAUCUGCCCUUCAACGAGUACAUUCAGUAUUUUGGACCAGAGUACAAGCUGGACGUACCUCCCACCAGCAUGGAUAAUCAGAAUACCAGAGAAUACUUGGAGGGACUCGUCAAGAAGAUUGUAGAGAAUCUGAGGUGUCUCAACCCAGCACCUAGCGUAGGCAUGCAUGAGACUCCUGCUCAUUCCAUCAACCCUGCGGACAUGGAUCUGGAGGAUGAUGACGAGUCCGACCUGGACCAAAGGAUCACACGUGAGUCGGAUUGGUGACGAGGACAUACGCAGGCGAUGCAGCUGAAGUUCUUUCUCGACCAUCACAGAACGCCUACGAGAUGCACACGUUGAGCGAUUUGGGGAUGAACUAUCGGGUGACGAAGGAUCGUCAUCUGACGAAGGUGGGCGAGGAUCUGAGAUGGGGGCAGAGGGCCACGACGUAGCAGGUCAGGUACCAUUCCGAGCGGGCUACGCAUCAAAGGCGCGAUCCAUCGCCUCCACCCCCAACGGAUCCAGGCGAGGCUCGACGAUGAAGCGGGGCAAUAGCAAUGCAAGCUUGCUCGGUGCUGGAACGCACGAUUUGGCAGCUAGGUUUGGCAAUCCUACGUAUGCGCUGGAAGCGGCUGCGAAUGGGCGGAGGAGCAGCGUACAAUUCUCUGGCCUCUUGGGCGGUCCUGCUCGAGACGAUGUACUAGGCAUGGGCUUCGGCACGCAAAGUCGAUCGGGUCGCAAAUCAGGCAAGAGGAACUUUUUCAGCUCUCGAGCCAAGGUGGAGCCCAAGUCGUCGGGUGGCAAGGCUUCCGGCUCCUUGGCGCAAGAUGAAAAUGGAAGGCACGAGCAGGGUGUGCAGAUGAUUCAAGGCAAGAGCUCGAGUGGUGUUUCAAGGAGGAAACCGGCAAUGCCGGUCUUGGGUAUCGGACGCUCGGCCGCCGUUGCUGUGGACAACGACGCGUCGGAAGUUGCCGACACGCCCCUGGCAUCUCCUUUACCGUUGCACGGCGCUACUAGCAUCGCAGCUUGA